GCCCUGCGGGCCCCGCGCGUCGCGACCGGCGGGUCCCGGCUCCGGCCAAGGGCUCGGUGAAGCCCAGGACGCGCGGCUGGCAGCGCGGCGGAGCCCGGGAGCCGGGGAGGCAGCGCCGGGACGGACUGGAAGGCCCAGGGCGGCCGGAGGAGGCGAACAAAUAGUCCCGGCGCCGCCUCCUGCGGCCGCGGCCCGGCGUGCGGUCCCGGCCGUCCGAGGGCUGGCCGCGCGCCGUGGGGCCGAGCUGGGCGCACCGGCCCGGGCCCCGCAGGCUCUAAUUGCGGCGCUUAUGUUGAUGAUGAUGAUUUUUUUUUUAAUCACAGCAGCCCCCAGUUUAGCGGACUGAUUUACUCCCGGUAUUGGUAAAUAUGAUCACGUGGGCCGCGCGACCAAUGGUGGAGGCGGCAGGCUGCGAGCUAGUCGGCGGCGCGGGCGCCGGCGGGGAGCGGCGCGGCGCGCGGCGGGCAGUGUAACCUUGGCUGGGAGCGCGGCGCCGCCGCAGCAUGUCCUCCAGCGGCGCCCUCAGCAACUACUACGUGGACUCGCUCAUAGGCCAUGAGGGCGACGAGGUGUUCGCCGCGCGCUUCGGGCCGCCCGGGCCCGCGGGCGCGCAGGGCCGGCCCGCAGGUGUGGCCGACGGCCCGGCCGCCGCCGCCGCCGAGUUCGCCUCGUGUAGUUUUGCCCCCAAAUCGACCGUGUUCUCCGCCUCGUGGUCCGCGGUGCCCGCCCAGCCCCCGACGGCGGCGGCGAUGAGCGGCCUCUACCACCCGUACGUGCCCCCGCCGGCCCUGGCCGCCGCCGCCGCCGCCGAGCCCGGCCGCUACAUGCGCUCCUGGAUGGAGCCGCUGCCCGGCUUCCCGGGCGGCGCGGGCGGCGGCGGCGGCGGCGGCGGCGGCCCGGGCCCCGGCCCCAGCCCCGGCCCCAGCGGCCCACCCAACAGGCGCCACUACGGGAUUAAGCCUGAAACCGGAGCGGCCCCGACCCCAGCGGCCGCCGCCGCCGCCGCCUCCUCCUCCUCCACUUCCUCGUCUUCCUCCUCCAAACAGACUGAGUGCUCCGCGGCCCGGGAGUCCCAGGGGAGCGGCGACCCCGAGUUCCCAUGCAACUCGUUCCUCCGGGACAAGGCGGCGGCGGCGGCUGGGGGAACGCGGCCGCCGGGGACAGGCAUCGGGCCCGGGGCAGGCGGCUCCUCGGAGCCCUCGGCUUGCAGCAACGACCAUCCGAGCCCGGGCUGCCCGCUGAAGGAGGAGGAGAAGCAGCAGCAGCAUCCGCAGCCGCCACCGCAGCAACUUGACCCAAACAACCCCGCUGCCAACUGGAUCCACGCUCGCUCCACCCGGAAAAAACGCUGUCCCUACACCAAAUACCAGACGCUGGAGCUAGAGAAGGAAUUCCUCUUCAACAUGUACCUCACCCGGGACCGGCGCUACGAGGUGGCCAGGAUUCUAAACCUCACAGAGAGACAAGUCAAAAUCUGGUUCCAGAAUCGUAGGAUGAAAAUGAAAAAGAUGAGCAAGGAGAAAUGCCCCAAAGGAGACUGACCCGGCCGGCGAGGAGCCGCUGGCAGGACCGCUCUGCUUUGCAAAGGCAGUGGGGAUUUUUUGUGUUGUUUUUUUUUUCUUUUCUUUGUGGGUGCUUGAUUUCCAGAAACUCUCCCGUGAUUCCGGACAUGUUACCCCGUUUUUAGGUAGAAGUGACUGUGUGGUUGGUCUCUGUGAGGUAUUGGGGGGGCUCUGUAUUUGCUCGCUUCUGUGUUGGAGAAAACCAAGUGGCUUUGGGGUUUUCGCCCUGCCCCGCGCCCUCCGUUUCCUGCCCCGUUGGUUCCUUAGGAAAUGCUGUGUUUUGUGAGUGCACGCUGGCCCGAACAGCUCUCUCCUUUGUAAAAGCCCUCCGUGUUUCUGAAAAGCGCUGCAGUGUAGCCCCCAGCGCUGCUCAGGCAGGAGCCACACGCGCCUCACUGGGGAGCAUGAAGGCGGAGGACUGCAGCGUGGACGCCCGAGGAGGAGGCCCAACGAGGCCCGGCCCGAGGCCCGGCCGGGUAGCCCAACGGUUACUGAAAGCCCUCUUUCCUGGGGAGCCGAAAGAGGAGCCCAGGGCCUCCGGUGGGGCGGAGGGGGGCAUUGUCGGUGCACUGGAGGGGUCGCUGUCACGGGAGGGCUCCCCUCGCGUGGGCGGCUGCGGGGGUCGGCCCUCCCCGUUCCUGCCUGAGGACCAGUUGUAAAUGUUACCGCUUCCUACCAAUAAAUGCUGACCUGAUUAAACGGAGCCCAGAUACCGGCCCUG